CGCUCGUCGCGUUGGCCGCACGCGAUUGGCGCAGCCACGCCACCUCGCCACUAUGUCGGUCGCUUCCCCCUCACCUCCUUGGCAAACACGUAAGCCCCCACCGCCUCGUCUCCAAAACCUAUAUAUAAGCGCGGCGCGCGCCACCAACCCAUCCAUCGAUCUCCCCCCAACCAAAAAUCUCUCUCUCAAUCCAUCGAUCCAUUAAUUCACAAGCUUAUCGAAUCGGAGAUGAAGCACCCGAGGCAGGAGGAGGAGGUGUCGCUGGCGCUGGCGCUGAGCACGGACUGCUCGUCGACGGCGUCGGACUCGUCGGCGGCGGCGGCGGGCGGCGCGGCGAGGAGGAAGAGGGCGCGGCGGAGGAGCGUGGUGGCGACGUCGGGGGAAGGGGAGUUCGUGUGCAAGACUUGCAGCCGCGCGUUCCCGACCUUCCAGGCGCUCGGGGGCCACCGGACCAGCCACCUCCGCGGCCGGAGCAACGGGCUCGACCUCGGCGCCAUCGGCGACAAGGCGAUCAGGCUGCACAGGGCGGCCGACAAGGAGCACAGGGACAAGCACGAGUGCCACAUCUGCGGCCUCGGCUUCGAGAUGGGCCAGGCGCUCGGCGGACACAUGCGGCGCCACCGCGAGGAGAUGGCCGCCGCCGGCGGUGGAUCCUCCGCCGACGACUGGGUCUGGCGCUGCGACGCGCGGCCGGAGGGGAUCGCCGCCGAGCCACCGGUGUUGCUGGAGUUGUUCGCCUAGUUACCGCUGGUCUCCAUUAGUUUCGUCCAAGUUUUGAACUGACGCAGUGUGUGUCACCAUUAAUUAGUUCAUGUACAUGUCUAGAAAAAAAAAGUCAGGUUCAUCGAUCUUGUAACUAUGAUAGGGGUUUAAUUUUUUUUUUCAUUAGCGUUUGGGUUGUUCGGUUUUGAAUCGGUCAGUUUUUGAACCGUUUGGUGGAGAUUUGUUGAGUUCAGAUGUAUAUACACACACAGAUGUAAUAUAAUUCUUUCAUUCAUAGCUAUACCUCUUGUAAAUAUAUGCAACAUUUAUGUUUGUGCCAGAAAUAAAUUCAGCGCGCUGUUCCUCCUGAUCA